AUGCAGUCCGCUGCUACAACAACAUUCAUUCUUAUUGGUAUAAUUAAACAGGAUUUUGGCAUUUUUGUUGAUAUUCACAAAUGGCAAUUUCAUUUAUCAAUAAAUUUAUCAACAUAUCAGAUCAAUGAUUGGGAAUGUUUAGAACGAGUUAAAAGAUGCUUUUUAAAUGCGCAAUUAAGCAAACCAUUUAUGCCAUCAAUGCUUACUGUUAGCACCAAUAAUAUCGAUAUUUAUGUUGGAUUGAAUUGUACGGUACAACAAACAUUCCUAGAUAGAAUGUAUCAAAUUGAAAUUUUAGCCUAUAAUUGUUCUAAAAGAAGAUUAAAACGAUCCAUCAAAUCAAAUUUAAUUGAAACAUAUCAAAAUUAUGAACCUAUAGGUGGCUUUGAAAUUAAUGCAACACGUAAAAUUGUCUAUUUUAUUGCCAUCCUGGUCAUCACAGGAUAUUUGAUCACUCUCUAUUUAAUAUUUUGCAUAAUAUUAGCACGACAUGCAAAUUCGCUUUCAUCAUUUCAAUGCGGUAUGUGUUGCAAGGAUUAG